AUGACGACGCCGAACGCGAGCAGCGCGAGUCUGCUCAGCAAACAUUCGCAGCCCCCACUCCCGACCAGCAACCCUGCCCGCGCCAACACACUCACUCCUCGCAGCGUACCCUCGACGGCCAACAAAGCCGGUCCCGUCACCACGGCCCAGCCACAGCAUGCCUCGACUUCCAAACCCAUCGGUGCCAUCGCCAUGACCAGCAGCUUGAGCCAGACAUCCAAUUCCAGCAUCCACGCACUGUCAGCCAUGUCUAACAACCUGCUGGCCGCCUCGCCGAACACUAAUCUGCUCGCCUUUGCUUCGCCCGCUGCCCUUGCCGGUCUCGACAUGACCACCCCGUCUGCUCUGCUCGAUGCCGCUGCCACUUCACAAGCCAUGAACUUGAGUCUGUCCGACCUGGGCAUCUCCUCCCACAAACCCAAUCAAGACGAAGAACGCAGGCUGAAGCUGGACACCCUUCUCACAAAGCUCCUGGGUCCUCAGAACCAUCGACGCUUUGGCAGAGUCAGCGAAGAAGGCGUGAGAAGAGUCGGACGAUGGGCAGGACUGGAUGUCGAGGUCGAGGCCAAGAGGGAAGCGCGCAAAUUCGAGGGCAACAGACCCGUCGCCGUAGCAGGCAAGAAUAAUGUCUUGAUUGACUUCCAGUUCAAAGACAACCUCCCGACCCACAUCGACCUCUCCUUCUCCAGUCAAGACCAGGCUGUUACCGCUCACCAACCUGCUGCCGCAAGCGUUUUACUCGAAGAUCUGACACCUCCACCUGGCGUCUCUGCCAUCAACACCAAACUCGACCGCUUCGCUGCGAAUCUGGAAACUCUGGCCAGAUUGGACAAGCUCAGCGUCUACGAUCAGCUCAAUUGCUUCGAAGCAAUCACCGGUGUCUAUGAAAGUCUGAAAAAGCUUUACGAACACGAAAAACAGGCAGCCCGCACCAUCGUCCAAGCGAAGCGUGGAGAUUGUGAAUUGAGGGCAGAGCGACAUGUCUUGUGCAAAAGAAGUGGCCGUCCGCAGAUGCAUGCGCGCAGGAAGAUUGGCUUGAGUCUGGACUACUGGAUGGAAAAGAGCAACGUAUACCCAUCGCAUUCUCCAGAAACUGCAAAGGACGCAUCCGCCAUGGACCUCGACCCCAAGCCUUCAGAGGCACCACGAGAGGAGAUCGAGGGUACCGUUUUUGCACUCGACAUCACAGCCGAAGCCGGAACUCCCGACCCGUACUCCUCUAUCCGCGUCUCAUCUUCCUGGAUUGCAGACCGUAUUCUCAAGUCGGCCGAAGAGACAACCGACCCCACUGACCUGCUCUCCGGUACGCAAAGUAUCGACUGGCAAGACCCGGCCCCCACAUACCUCUCCGACAAUAAUCAAAGCAACAGCGAUGCUAUGGCGAUAGACAACAAUACCAACACAGGCGCUCAAAAGCUGCCCGCUGUACGCUUCGUAGCAAGACUCAAUCCACCACUCGCUAUGCCCUGGACAGCCGCUGCCGCCAUUCUGCAAUCUGUCGGUGCCGCAAGCGUCAUGUCCGACAUUCCGGACAUGCAGCGCACCUACGAAGGAUCACUUCUCCAAAAACCAUCUGAUGUGCCACUGCUCAACAAACCCUUGCAAUCUUCUGGACCCGCCGCCUCGACCACUACAAAUGUGCUCACUCCUGAUGGUGUGAGCGUGCAGCACAAGAAUGCGCUUUAUGUGCCCAAACAGGACUUUGGCUAUGUGAUGACGUCCAUUCCAUUCGCACAUCCCCGUCAAGUGGUUGCGUUGUUGCCUGUAUUGAGACAAUGGGCUUACCUGGGAAGCUUACUCAAAGGCACCCUCCUCAAUGAGGGAAGCAGCCCUACGCCUCCGAGAGACGAACCUUCCUUCUCCCUAGCUGAUUUGCUCAGCGGGACCAACAUCCACACAGGAAAUGCCGUGGCAGUUGAUAUUUCAUUGUCCACACAACCCUCGCCGACGCUGGAGUUCGUGUUCCCGGUCAGUGGAGUUGAAGGUGGGUUAGCGAGCCUUGGUGCCAGCAUCUCUGCCGACGGACACGUGGUUGUGUCGUCGCAGAAUGUGGCCAAAGGCAGUCAAGAAGAGCAAGAAAAGGCAGCGCAGAAGAUGGCCAAGGCUCUGGAGCUCGUAGGCGAUAUUGGCGUGUGGGUUGAGUGGAUCAGAAAAGUUUACGGAGGAGCAUAG